AUGUAUCUCUUUUUGUAUGUUCGUAAACGAGGCUAUCAGAUGGGACUUGUUCGCCUUAAUCUCCGAUAUGCUUCCCGUCUGCCGAGCCAGGUCAUGCAAUCCCAGCAUGUUCGGUGCAUUGCAACGUUGACGGGGGCUUUGACAGGAGGCUCUCCUGCACGGCCAGCAGAAUCCCCAACCGCCGAGCAAGUUGUGAUCCUGGGCUCGGGAUGGGGUGGAUAUACUCUAUCCCGCAAAUUGUCGGCCACUAAAUUCUCUCGCACAGUAAUAUCACCUCGGUCAUAUUUCGUCUUUACCCCUCUGCUUACUGAUGCCGCCAUUGGGUCGCUUGACUUCUCUGAAAUCGUGGAGCCGGUCCGAGAUCGCUAUAGCAAAGUCCACUUUGUUCAGGCCGCCGCUCGAGCCGUCGACCUGAACAAGAAGACAGUCACAUGUGAAGCUAGUGUGGUUCGAAGCGGCGUCACGGAGACGGCAAGGGUAGAACAACACCAGCAUGAAAAGCAACAUGGACAUGGAUUACAAGGCGGGGCAGAGAGGAGAUGGGAAUCUGGGGAAAGAUUCACGAUCCCUUAUGACAAACUUGUGGUCGCCGUUGGCUGUGUGAGCAGGACAUUCAACACUCCUGGAGUCAGAGAGAAUGCACUCUUCUUCAAGGACAUUGGAGACGCACGAAAAGUGAAGAGACGGAUAAGAGAAUGCUUUGAGCUGGCGGUUCUGCCCAAUACACACCCUGCGACGCAGAGAUAUCUCUUGCAUUUUGCGAUUGUGGGUGCUGGGCCGACAGGGAUCGAGCUGGCUGCUUCACUGUGCGAUUUUAUCCAUGAAGACUUGGUAAAGGUUUAUCCACAGCUGAAGAAGAUGAUUCGUAUAACCCUCUUUGACGUUGCACCUACGGUAUUAAGUACAUUUGAUGAGUCCUUAUCUAAAUAUGCCAUGGAUACUAUGAAGCGAGAGGGGGUCGACGUGAAGACAAACCACCAUAUCGAAAGCCUUCGAUGGGGUGAGCCUGGCGCUCCUGGUCCGCACGAGAUGGAUCCGAGGGGUUGUCUGACCAUCAAGACCAAGGAAGAUGGUGAAGAAGGCAUCGCAAUGUGUGUCUGGGCCACCGGUAACGAGAUGAACGAGUUCGUCAAUGAUGCCCUGUGGAAGGUAGAAGAGUUUCCAGCUUCAUCUACUUUGGAGAGGAUGGACCAUAUCCCAGUAUCAUCACAGUCUGCGCAGUCUGCAGCGACAUGGACGGUGAAGAAAGCCGAGAAGACAGGUGCUCUCCUGGUCGAUGACCACCUUCGUGUCCAGCUCCAAUCGAACGAUGGCCGAACAGUAACCCUCAAGGAUGUGUUUGCUAUUGGUGAUAACUGUAUGCUUGAAUCAAACUCACCACCUGCAACGGCCCAGUCUACUAACCAGGAGGCCAUCUGGCUUGCUCAAUGCCUGAACGCAGCCGAAUCCGACACCGGCCUGUCUCGGUCUCCUGGCUUCUCCUUUAGAAAUCUGGGCAUGAUAGCGUACCUCGGCCAUUCAAGAGCGCUCAUGCAGUUCCCCCAGACAGGCCAGGACAGGGGUAAGGCUUCUCUUCUGCCCAGAGGAUUGACCGGAUAUGCUGCAUGGCUAGUAUGGAAAGGAGCGUAUCUUUCUAUGAGCAUCAGUUGGCGCAACAGACUGCGUAUUCUGUAUUCUUGGGUCUCAAAUUGGGCGUUUGGAAGAGACAUUUCGAGGUAUUAG